UCGAAAAGAUGGUGGCCAGCGCUCGAGUGCAGAAGCUGCUCCGACGAUAUAAACUAGCGAUUGCCGCCGCAUUAACCAUCCUCCUGGUCCAAGGGCUGGUAGUAUGGAGUCUGAGAAGUCUGGAGGAGGGCGAGGCAGAGAGAAAAACACGACGGUCUAAGCUGCCAGACCACAAUAGCCAGGACCCCAAGAAAGACACCGCCCUUUGGGAGAAGCAAAACUCUUUGUCAGGGAGGAACAGGGGCAGAUGGAGCACCAGGUUGGAGAGGACGGGGGGCACAGCAGCCAGUGCGCUGAGGAGAGGAACCAGCCGGCGAGGAGGAAAGCCCAGCAUCAGGCUGAAGUCUCCUCAGGAGCGAGGGAUGACAGGGGCUGGAAUGGAUGGUAUUGUCCCCCAUGACUUGUCCAGCAGCCGCAACUUCAGUGAGACCCGAGGAGGCACAGAUGGGGCAGCUAAGCUACCUGCUGCUGCCAUACCAGGGGAGCCGGGCAGCGUAGACGGUGCACACCAAGCCCCCAGCAGUGACUUUGUGCCUAAAUGUGAUAUCAUAGGCAAGGACGCUCUUUCUGCCCUCCAUCGUGCAGGGUCACAGCAGUGCCGACAGGAAAUCGCCAACAUUGUGUGCCAGCAUCAGGCUGGUCAGCUCAUGCCAGACGCACUUCCUCAGUUCUGCCCCCAGCUCGGUGUGUCAAAUCCAGUUCAGGCCAUUGGUGAGUUGGACAACAGCCUUUCCAGAGUAGAGAACCCUGUCAGGGUGGCUUUUGUUCUGAUGGUCCACGGCCGUGCCGUACGGCAGCUCAAGCGCCUCAUCAAAGCCAUAUACCACCGUGACCACUACUACUACAUCCAUGUGGACAAGCGGUCCAGCUACAUGCAUCGAGAGGUCCUGCAGAUAGCCCAGCAGUUCCCAAAUGUGCGAGCCACGCCCUGGAGGAUGGUCACCAUCUGGGGUGGUGCCAGCCUACUGAAGGCCUACCUACGCAGCAUGCAGGACCUGCUCUCCAUGCUGGACUGGAAGUGGGAUUUUUUCAUCAAUCUCAGCGCCACAGACUUCCCCACCAGGACCAAUGAUGAACUGGUGGCUUUCCUGUCGCAGCACAGAGACAAGAACUUCCUCAAGUCACAUGGGAGAGAGAAUGCACGGUUUAUUAAGAAGCAGGGCCUUGACCGUCUCUUCCACGAGUGUGACAACCACAUGUGGCGUCUCGGGGAACGCAACAUCCCAGAAGGCCUGGAGGUGUCAGGUGGCUCUGAUUGGUUUGCGCUCACCCACCACUUCGUGGAGUACGUCAUCAACUCCCAGGAUGACCUGGUGUCAGGGCUGAAGCAGUUCUAUUCCUAUGCUCUGCUCCCCGCUGAGUCUUUCUUCCACACAGUACUGGGGAACAGUCAUAUGUGUGACACCCUGGUGGACAAUAACCUGCGCGUCACCAACUGGAAUCGCAAGUUGGGCUGUAAAUGCCAGUACAAGCACAUUGUCGACUGGUGUGGCUGCUCUCCCAAUGAUUUCAAACCACAAGACCUCAUCCGGAUUCAGCAAUUGACCCGUCCAACAUUCUUUGCCCGUAAAUUUGAGUCAACAGUGAACCAGGAGGCCAUAGACAUCCUGGACACUCACCUGUACGGCCAGUACGCUCCAGGCACUAUCGCAAUCAAGUCGUACUGGGAGAGCUUGUUUGAGCAGCUGGAUGGCGUUGGCUCACUCAGUGACGUGGCUCUCACUGCUUACACUUCUUUCUUUCGCCUCGGCCUGAAGACUCUGGAGACUACUCAGAGCAAUGUGGAGGCCUGCAGGUUUGAACCAGUUGGCUACCCUCUAUCAGUACACUUGUACUUUUAUGAUGACCGUUUCCAAGGUUACCUGGUGCGUCAGGAAGCCCAGGCUGUGGGCUCAAAGGUCCGGGAGACACUGGAGAUGUGGGCAGUGCCCCAGGCCUCCUUCGUCCUCGAGAAGGACCUUAAAGAGUUUGAAAGGCUCAAGAAUCUGGAAAUCGGCACAGUGUGGGAUCCAAAGGAGAGAAUGUUCCGUAACUUUGGUGGGGUGAUCGGGCCUUUGGAUGAACCCCUGGCAGUCCAGAAGUGGGCCCGUGGUCCCAACCUCACAGCCACUAUUGUGUGGCUUGACCCAGCUCUGGUGGUGGCAGCAUCGUACGACAUUACAGUGGAUGUGGAUGCAGAGUACACCCAGUACAAACCGCCGCUGCAGCGACCCCUGCGGCCGGGGACCUGGACAGUCCGGAUGUUAAAGCAAUGGGAGCGCGUGGCAGAAGUUCACUUCCUUGUCAUGCCACUAACCUUCAAAGAUAAGAAGCCGCUACACAAAGAAGAGGACAGCUGGCUCCAUGCAGGUCCUCCAGGGAACCUGUACCUGGAGCAGAGUUUCCAGCAGCUGAGCUCCAUGCUGAAGCUGCCUCCCCAGGAGUCUGCCAUGCGGGAGGCUCAGCGCAAUGCUCAGCUCGUUGGUCAGUCCCUUGAAACGUGGGUGGACAGCAGCAUCAGGACCUUCUGGGUUACGAGCAACCUGUGCACCACACAGACUUCCUCCUGCCCACUAUUAGGACCUUGCUCCAAAACCUCCUGGAGCUCCCUGUCCCCAGACCCCAAGUCUGAACUGGGCCCAGUCAAAAGUGAUGGGCGGAUCAGGUAGCCCCAAGAGAGGAGAGACCGUAGACUUUAACACAUACACAGGAAGACUGAGGGAGAGCUGGACCUACACUAAAGAACUCCAGGAGAACCUAUGUGAACCGGAUAUUGUCCCCAAGGUCUCAAGGGCACAUAAACACCCAAAAGUCAACGUCUUGCACUGAGGAGUCAAGAUAUUCUUACUGAAGUGGUACUACAGACUUAAAAGAGGAGGAUAUGGCUGUUGGAAAUUUUGCACGUAGAAAAUUGCAAGCACAAAGACUUGUGUCAUUGUUCGCUGAAUGGUUACACGGAUGCCAAAUGUAUUGUUGUGUUGUUUUGCUGGCACACAGGUUUUCAGUCAGGGUCGGUCUGGGUUGGAGUUUGAAAAGAACCCUCUGCACAUGUUUGAACUCUGUUUUGGCACUCUGUUUUUUAGUGAUCCUCCGCUUUGAAAAAAUCAGAAUGCAGUUGUCAAAACUCAACAACAGACUCGUCACUGUCCUUCUAUCUUCAUUUCAAGGGAGAGUACAACCUCUGAAUCAUAUUAUUGUGCUUAUUUUGAAGCAUUGCUAUUUAAGCAUGUGGAGCAGACAGAUGAAGUGCACUUUACUGUAAGACUAUGACCUUACACAGAGGUCCCUCGGUUACAGUGUGAGGAGCAGAAAUUAAAUUCAGAGACAAGGUCCCAUCACGUCAUUUUACAGUAGGCUCUAGGACAAAUACCUGCACCGUGACUCCCUGUUGCACAGACACAUCAGUGAAUACUCAGACUGUAACGUGGGUGAGGAAAAAAUUAGGAAAGCGAAUGAGAGGGGUUCUUAGGUUUCAAGUCUUCUUUUAUUUUUAGUUCUCUUUACUGUGACAUAUAUCAUUUUUUAAACAUGUAAUUUUCUACAUAUUUGCUUUAUCUGUUAGUUCCCUGAAGUGGCUGUUAAAGUGUUAAGUUGUCUUUGAUGUCCAUUGUUAGAAAAAAGCCACUCUUAGUUGUUUUUCUGGUCAAAGGAAGUGCCUGGACAGCUGCAGCAACAAGGCUGCAGAUAGUGUGCUUGCAUUCAAAAUUCCUCUGAAAAAGUUGAUAAAACAAUCUCAGCUCAAAAGACGCACAGUUUCAUGACAACUGGGCGGAUGAUGAUUUGAGGUAUGCUCAAAAGCUUCGGAACAAGCGAGUACGUGGACUUUGAGUUGAGGUUGUUUUGUUAAAUCAUGUGACAAUGCUCAAAUCGUCUGAAAUAAUUUAGAACUUUUGUCUAUCAACAAAAAUCGGCAACUAUUUUGAUUAUCAAAUAAUCGUUUAAAUAUUUUUUCAAGAAAAAAACCAAAACAUUUACUGGUUCAGGGCUCAAGUGUGAGAAUCUACUUGGUCUUACAUUUCUGUAAAUGUAUUAUUUUGGGGUUUUGCAUUGUUUCUUGGACAAAAUAAGACCUUUGAGAAUGUCAUCUUGGACUCCAGGGUUUUGUGAUGGGCACUUUUCACCUUUUUCUGAUUUUUUUAUUUACGAAUUGAUGAAUUGAUUAAUCUUGAAAAUAACUGCAGAUUGACUGAUAAUAAAAAUAAUGAUUAGCAGCAGCCCAAAAAAAUUUCGCUCUUUGGCUCCAAAUUUAGCUAAACUAAAGCCAAUUUAGCAAGUUGAAGAGAAUUUGUAUUAAAUUUUAAAGGAAAGGUUUGACAUUUUGGGAAAUGUACUUUCUGACUGACAGUUAGUUCAAAUGAGAAGACUGAUACUAAUCUCAUGCCCAUGCACUAAAUACAAAGCUACAGCCAGCAGCAAGCUAAUUUAGCUUAGCACAAAGACUGGAAACAAGGGGAAAUAGCUCUUUCCAAAGGCAACAAAAUCCACUUACCAGCACCUCUAAAGCUCAGUUGUUUGUUAAAUCCAUGUAAAAAUAGUUGUUUUCUGGGGGAUUAUGUGCCAGAGUUUUUCUUUCUUGGUUGGGACCAGUAACCUGACACGUACUUGCCAACCCUACAUAAAAAAGUGACUUUUUGUUGUUACACUCCAGUUUUGCUCAGAUUAAGCAAACAAGAUGUAACAUUUUAAGAUUUAAGGAAGAUUUUAUUACCUUUGAACAGAGGCACUGUAGCUUUUUCCCUGUGUUUCCAGACAAUACAGAAAAUACAUGUAUUUCCCAAAAUGUUGAAUCUUUCCUUUAAAUGUCAAGCCUUGAAAAUGUCAAGAGUUUCAAACCGCAAACCUGGUUAGACAUUGCAUGUUAUACUUCCUGUGGAUCAGUUUAAAUGCAGUAUUGUCACUCAUAUGUGUUUGUGUGCUCUCUUUGCCUCACUGGUUGGUUAUUCUCAUUUUAUUUCUUAAGGUCCAUUUCAUUUAAACUUUUUAAGUCCACCAACCAAAAAAUGGUGAACAGUACACUGUAUGUUUAAGUUUUAAUUUUAGCGUAAUCAAGAGAAUCUAAGCUGCCUUUACUUAGCCGAAAAGAUGAAUUGUUUAAUCGAUGUAAUAGCUACCAGAGGUGUGCAAUUAAUGCCUUUUCAGAGGAUAGUGAAGCCCCCUGUCCGUGUCUUAGUGUGCAUUUUUACCUAGUUUUAUGUGACCUUUUAUGUACUUAAAGAAUAGUCGGCCACCAUUUGAGUUUUCAAGUGACCUUGUUUACCUUGCACAGUACAGCUGCUUCAGUGAAGCUCCAGGUUUAUUGAGAUAAGAGAGCAGAGUAAUCAGCAUAACAGAUGUUAUUUUUCUACACAUUUUGAGAGGAAGCGUGUUUGUGUGUUGUCCAUUCCUCUCCAGUGCUAAACUAUUAAAAACUUCCGACUACUUAUGUUGUAUUUCACAGUCCACCUGUUUCUUUUUUUUUUUUUUUUUUUUUUUUUUUGGGGGGUGUUGAGGUUUCCAUCCGUGCUGCUUUGAUAACCAGAGGCAGUUUGGCGGCUGUUGAGUCAUCCUGUGGUUCUUAUCUGAGUAGGGAACUUUAGCCUGUCACUGUAUGCAUCUGGAAAAGCUCAAAGGAAAGCCAUCCUG